ACUCUGCUGUCUUCCGAUGGCUUUUCUUCUUCUUCCCGGAACCUCUAAACACCCACCGACCUCCUUUCAAUCUUUCCCUCUAUAUUUUCUAUAUAUACAAUCAUCUAUCUCUAUAUCUUCUCAUCAGUUCAAAUCAAUACAACAGUUCCAUAAAAUACUUCUGGUUCUCUAGAUCAAUGGCAACCAACAACAAAAAAUAUGAGUUCCAUGAUUUCUUACCUUUGAUGGCUGAAAAACUGGGAGGAGAUGGUUUGAUUGAUGAAAUGUACAAAGGGUUUCAGCUGCUGAUGGAUCGCGAUAAAGGGGUGAUCACUUUCGAUAGUUUGAAGAAGAAUUCUUCAUUUUUAGGUCUUCAUGAUCAAUCCGAUGCUGAUCUUUUGAGCAUGUUGAGAGUAGGCGAUUUAGAUGGAGAUGGUGCACUCAGUCAAAUGGAAUUUUGUGUUCUUAUGUUUAGAUUGAGCCCCGGUUUGAUGGAGCAAUCUGAGUUUUUGUUAGAACAAGCCCUGCAACAGGAGUUUGAUGAUUUUUGAUAUUGAAUUUUAAAUUGUUAAUUAUUUAUAAAGAUUUUUUAACCUGUUGAUAAUAGGCCCAAAGGCCGAAUAUGUUGUUUUCAUGCUAUAUUAAUGCGGUGUACGUUCUGUGUCAAUGGUUGUAUAGGGAGUUUAGUGUAUAUUACGAGAAUUGUUUAUAAAACGAU